AAGCGAGUGGCGGCAGAGCAGUUGGCCAGUUCACUUGCGUACGCCGUGGCAUCAACACGCACCAGCAAAAACCAGCGCAUCAGCCGACCUGAUCCAGUUCCAUUCCAUAAAAGCCAACGAAAGCGAAAUCUCAACCGAGCGCCAUGGAGUUCAACAAUCGCCUCUUGCUGAAGAUCAUCGAGCUGGCCAUCGCCAUCGCCUGCAUUGUGCUGUACGAGACGGUUGGAAACUUGUCCCUCCAUCCGGUGAUUGUGGCCGGCACCGUUGGUGGCUACACCGUCAUCUGCGGCGUUCUGCUGAUCGGCCAUGUGCUCAACUCGCUGGUGGAGAAGCGACUGAACGCCCUGUUCUCGCUGAUCGGCUGCCUGCUGUUCGUGGCCUCCGGAGCUCUGGUGAUCGAUGAGUGGCACGGCGGACUCCUGAACACGGACAGGAAGCGCCAGGCCAUCGGCGCCGGAUCCCUGAUGAUCAUCAAUGCGGCCGUCUUCCUUCUGGACACCCUCUGCAUCUGCCGGACGUAAAGAUUCCGUUCCGUCGUAUAUGUACUCCAUAUCCGUUCUAUUUUUUUUUUUGCAAAUCGAAUAACUCGUGUUGAUAAACAUAAUGAAACAAGAAUCUAUUGUAAAUGUUAACGUACCACCUUUUUUUUUAUGUAGCUGUGUGUACGAGCGUUUUAUAUGUAUUUAUACGUGUCUUAAGCUAAUCUCAGAUAUGCGCACGCAGAUUAUUUACAGGAAAAUCCAUUAAAUAUAUAUGUAUACACAUACACAACAUAUAUGUACAUUCCA